CCGGCGCCCCCUGCCGGGUCUCCGGAGGGAGCCGCGGGCGGCGCCGAUAGAUGGAGGCCGGGCGGGGAGCAGGGGGGGCGGUGGUGCCGCCGCGCAGGCGCACCGCGGAGCGUGGCCCGGCCGCGGGCGGGAGGCAGCCGCCGGGGCGCGGGGCUGGCGCUCCGAUGAGCAGGCGCUGCCCGCCGGCCGCUGCCUCGCUGCUGCGGGGGCUCGUCAGCCCCGCUGCUCUCUGCCUGGGCAGGAGCAUGAGCCUCUGCGGGGCGCCGGCCGCCUGCGCCGCGGGGCCUGCGGGGGGUGGUGGUGGCGGCGGUGGCGGCGGCGGCGCGGGCUUCUCCUCAGCGCGGCUGAGCCCGCCGUGGCUGCGGCUGCCGGAGGUGCCGGGCUCGGAGCCGCACCGGGCCAACGAGCUGCUGCUGCUGCUGUCGCCGGCCCCGCGCGGCCCGGCCCCGCCGCAACAGCAUCACGUUGUCUACUUCCCGGGGGACGUGCAGAACUAUCACGAUGUCAUGUCUUGCCACCCAGAAAACUUUCAGUGGGAGCACUGGAGUUUUGAAAACAUUGCUACCAUACUUGCUCGCCGCUUCCCUAAUAGCUUCAUUUGGGUUGUGAAAUGUUCUCGAAUGCACCUGCACAAAUUCAGUUGUUAUGACAACUUCGUGGUGAGCAACAUGUUUGGAGCACCAGAGCACAGCACUGACUUAGGAGCUUUCAAGCAUCUCCAUGCAUUGCUAGUUAAUGCAUUCAGACUCUCUCAGAAUAUUCUGCUGUCCCAGAAAAGCAUGCAUGGUGUCAGCAAGGAUGCAAAAAUAGCUGCUUGUAAAUCACAGCCGCAGUCUGUUCCUACAACAAAUGGUGGCUCAUCCACAGAAAGAGAUUGUGAAUGCUCUAAUAAUUCUGCUAUGAACUUCAUUGUACCGUCUGCUGUAGGUGCAGCAUCAUUUACUUUGAUUGGCUUCAGUAAAGGUUGUGUGGUUUUGAACCAGCUGCUUUAUGAGCUGAAGGAAGCUAAAAAAGACAAGAAUACAGAUGCCUUCUUAAAAAACAUAAAAGCAAUUUACUGGUUGGAUGGUGGUCACUCGGGAGGAAGCAAUACUUGGGUUACUUACCCUGAAGUGCUGAAAGAACUUGCGGAGACAGGAAUUGAAGUUCAUGCUCAUGUUACGCCAUACCAAGUGUUUGACACAAUGAGGUCAUGGAUUGGGAGAGAGCACGAGAAAUUUGUACAGAUACUUGAAGGAUUUGGUGUGGAAGUAAAUGAUCAACUACAUUUUGCUGAUGAUGUUCCUUCCUUAGAUAACCAUUUCAGAGUUCAUGAAGUAUUUUGAGACUGUAUGUAUCUGAAUAGUGUAUUCAUUGGAAAAGCACUUUUAACAUUGUAUAUGUUUUCACCUAGAUUUAAAACUUUGAGCAGAUGCUUUCUGAAAAGAAUAUUAGAUCAGUCCUGCAUAGCUGAUAGGUAUUAUAUAUAAAUUCCAGUAGCUUAAAAGGGAGAUUUGGGACCCCAUAUCUACAACAGAUGUCAUUUAUUCCUAGAAAAAAAUGUUAUGAAGAACUAUUCUAUACGUGGUUGGGGUUUUUUUUGUUAAAUGUGAACAUUUAUUCUCAAGCUAUUGGCAAAAGUUUUAGUCUUGGAUGUCUAAUGUCAUAUACUGCCUUUAAUGGGAGUUUCAAGUACUCAAGACAUUCAAAUGUCAGGAUACUUCAGUUUAGUAUUAGUAGGGUUAAAAGCUUUGGUCUUUGUCAAUAACCAAUGUGAGGUUAGUUUUUUGGCUUAAGGAAAAUUUUAAUUGUUAGAGCUUGUUAGAAUCCUAGUUAUAUAUUUUGGUGAAAACUUAUAAUUAGUUAAUUAAAUCUUCCAGUUUUGUAACGUUUCCCCUAAUUGAAACAAAGUCACAAAUAUUCACCUUUGGAAUAAUAGUGCCAAUCCAUUUUAAUUCCUUAUGUGCGCCUUGCCUUUUCUGUUGCUAUAAAGCUCCAUUAAUUCAUUGUGUUUAUGUUCUAGUGAUAAGACAUUUCACCUCGGGGUUUGAAAAUUUUGAGGUAGCUAUGUUAAGUGACCAAGAAUUUUUAUGAGUGUGUAGCUUAUUGCUGUUUCAAUAUACCUGGCUAUUGCUUUGACUAACUUCUUGAAAGACCAGCAGUAAUAUCUGUAUUUUCAUGUCAAGAGCUGUCUUUAUCCCUGCGUUGGACUGGUGAGGUUUUUCUUGCUAAUUGUUGCAUUGAUGUUGAUCUAAAUAGAGCCGUAAGUACUUAAUAUAUUACAAGUUGCAUAAAAAACUUUAGACUCUGUUGACUGUAGCUGUUUCACAAUGCCUCAGUUUUUAAAACUAUUAUCUCCUUUAAAUGCAUUGCACUAAUUGCUUUUAGAGCCACACAAAAAUCUAUUUUCACAGACUAGUUUUCAUACAGGAAAAAACCCCACCUUUAAUUAAACACAAAGCUGGACUAAUCAGAUACAAAAGAUUAAUCUAGUUCAGGCCCCAAACCUGCAUGUUCUUUAGAAAGAAUUACUGAAAGAUGAACGAAUAAACUAGUGGAACCUUUCUACUGUUAAAAUUAACUCCCCAUUUAUCUACAAAUAAAUUUUAGAAUAACUCUUAAAGACAACUGCAGCUAUUAACAGUGAACCAGUAGCUUAAAAUGGUUUCGGGUUUUCUAGAAGUAUAGGGAUACAAAAGCAAGUUAACAAAACACUGUGAAGAUUACCCAAACUAUCGUGGCUCAGUUCUGGAAAAACGCAUUAUAUUCACUUUGUUCCUGUGUUUGAUGGCUUAGCAAACUCUUUCCCCUGCUUCUUGCUUCCUGUGACACUGUGGGAAGAAAGUCCUGAGUCAUCUUUCUUCUAUUGGCAUCAUUAAAACUUACACGGUUCACUGGAGACAGCGUUUUCACAACUCUUGCAGAGGUUGCACACCUCUUUGUUCUGUAAAGGAAAUACGGGUCACCUAACCAAGUGGUUUUAAUAGGAAGCCUACAAAUAGCUUUAAAUAUCUUUAAUUAUCCACUCAUAAAGUAAACUUUAAAAAAAAUAACAACAAAAACCCCAGAACACAGCCCUGAUCUAGCUCCCCUCUCAGUUUUAAACUGACCAGACUAACUUGGGUAUGCUAAAACUUGCUCUAUCCAGUAACAGCGCAUAUCACAGACCAAUUUCUAAACAAUUCUGCCAAAACAGGAGUAGGUUGUUGCAAGCUUUUGGAAACAGCUAUUAAAAUAUUGACAUUGUCUUCAGAAGUUUCUAGAUAGCUGUCCUGUGAAAAUAUUAACAAACAGCCUCCUGUUUGAUGGAGGCUGCUUACAAUAACUGUUAAAUAGAAUAGGCUCAAGUGUUGUAUUAAUUUGAAGACUAAGCUCUUUGUUGUAAAACUAAUCUUGUUGUGAGACCUCAUGUUGUGGAGGGAAAACUGACUGGUUGUUUUUCAUUCUCUCAACAGUUGUAGUACUCUGUUGGAAUGUGCCUCUGUCAUUCACUACAAAGCAUGCUAAUAAUAACUUCUGCAAACCAGGUAGAAAAUAAACUACUUCUAAUGGGUGAAACCAC